UCAUAGAUCCUCUUCUCUGAUACUGCAAAAGGAAAAUCCGAGCAGUUGCUAUCAGUUGUUUCUAAUCUGAAAGUUGCGAGAUAACAGUGAGGGCACACGAGUCGACACUCCUUAUGAAUAGUUCUCUCGCCGCCGUGAAGCUCCUGAACCACAGCUGUUUGCCGAUUGAGGGUGAGGUACCACCUAGUAUUAUUCUUCCGCACCCGCAGGCGUCACGCACGUCUGAACAGUGCGUUGCUGCGGGCAGUGUGUCACCGAGGCAGUAAUCACGCGGCAACAGUUUCGUAAAAUCCGCAAGACGUCCUUCGGUCACCAUAACUGGCCCCAUAGUUGCCUUUGUGGAUCCCUUGAGGCUCCUUGUGUGUGUGAGGGGGAAGAAGAAGCAGCAGUGUGUCUUGGGAGAACUCGAGUUGUGACGGUGCACGUGGGAGCCUGUGGAGAGACUGGAGGUACUCUGAUCAAACGCCACAACACCAUGUUAAAAGUUCUGACGGCAGUGCGGGAUGUGCGACCUCCGCGGGGAAGGGUGUGCGGCAUGGACCUCUCCACCGCCAUGGAGGAGGCCAGGCUCGCCUGCAGCUAUUUCUUCAACAACCGCUUCGAGGAGGCCAGAGCGCUCAUGAGACCGUGGGCACACAAGAGCAUGUACCAUGGCCUGGGGUAUGGCACCUUCAUGUACCUUCAAGCCAUCAUGACCUUUGACCCAAAAGAUAUUGAGACGGCCAUAGAAACACUGAAGCAGAGUGUUGAAGUGUGCAACCGGUUCAGACGGAAAAACACAAUUGGGGAAUCCUUGGGAAAAAUGGUGAAGAAGGUGGACUAUAACAGUUUCACUAAAGAGGAGAUCCAUGCUGAGCUGUGUUACGCUGAGUGCCUGCUGCUGCGGGCUGUGCUCACCUUCAUGGAAGAUGAGACGCUCAUCAGCUUCCUCAAGGGUGGCAUGAAGAUCCGAGCAUGUUAUCAGUCCUACAAGGAAUGCUGGUACAUCCUGGAGGGCCGUGACUGGAGCAAAGAUGCCGACAAGAUGCACUUUGAGUCUGGUGUCAGGAUGGGAGUCGGAGCCUUCAACCUGAUGAUUUCACAGCUUCCACAAAAGAUUCUCAAAUUGCUAGAAUUUGUUGGUUUCUCUGGGAAUAAGUCAUGUCAGGUAAGAGACCAAAAGGCACUGGGUCUUUCUGAGCUGGAGCGAGGGUUCCACUUGGAAGGGUCACUGCGGCGGGUACUAUGUGCCCUGGUGCUGCUCGGCUACCAUCUCAUUGCCACCUAUGUCCUCGGCACCUCAGAGGGAGACCUGGAGAUGGCACAAACCAUCCUUGACGAUCACUUGAAGCUUUAUCCAAAUGGUGCUUGGUUCUUGUUUUUUGCUGCUCGCCUCGAGUACGUGAAGGGUAAUUUUGAUCUUGCCAUUGAGAAGUACACAACUUCCCUCAACAGUCAGAAUGAGUGGCGCCAGUUCCACCACCUGUGUUACUGGGAGCUGAUGUGGUGCUGCAUCAUGAGUGCUCAGUUUAAGGAGGCUGAGGAGUAUGCUGACAAACUUUUACUGGAGAGCAAGUGGUCAAAGGCUACCUAUGCUUACCAGAAGGCAUGCUGUAUGUGCAUGAGGAUGGAUGAACUCACACCAGCAGAGAAGCAAGAAUUAAGUGAAACCAUGAAGAGCAUACCAGGCCUCAAGCAGCGCAUUGCUGGCAAGAGUCUUCCAGUUGAAAAGUUUGCAGUCAAGAAGUCACUUAGAUUCUUUGCACAAGGAGAAACAUUAUGUCUCUCUGCCUUAGAGCUUAUUUAUGCUUGGAAUGGCUUCAAGAUUUUGGCCAAGAAAUAUGAAAAUGUCGAAAAAAUCUACUCAAUAAUUGAGAGAGAACUGAAGAGACUCGAAAAAAUCAGAGUGGACAACCGGAGUGAGUACUACUAUGAUGACUACCUGCUGGCACACCUGGUGAAGGGCUCUUGCCUAGCUUACAUGAACUCUCCGCUACAGGCUGAGGAAUGCUUCAAGUUCAUUGUCAGCAAUGAGAAGAAAAUCAAAGAAGACACUUACCUUGUGCCCAAUGCCCUCCUUGAGCUGGGCCUCCUCCUGCUCCGAGCCAAUGACCUGGAACAGUCACGCAUCAUCCUGGAACAUGCCAAGAACAACUACAAGGGUUACUCCCUUGAGUCUCGGUUACAUUUUCGUGUGCACGCAACACUGAACAAGAUCAGCAGCCUGCAGAAAGGCUCACAGUCUGAAGGCACCAACCCUAUGGACUCAUACCCUUCCAUCAGCCGCUCCCCUUCCCCAUGUCUCUCCAAGACUUCUGGCACCACCAAUGGCACUGGCCUUCACCUCAAACCCACCAAGAAUGGCAAGUCCAUCUCCACACAUCUCUGAUAAAGCAGGUGUUGAGCUCUUGAAGGAAUGUUUGAAUGCUAGUGUGUGUUUUGAGUGUAGUAAUAAUUUUUUUGUUUCGUAAUGUUGAGAGUCACAUCCAAAGAUAGUUGAUACUCAGAGAAUUGUGGGUAU